AUGGCGAUGGGCGUGGUGAGCCCGUGUUUGGCGCACUCCGCCGGCGUUUGUGCUCUUAUCGCGGCCACGGCUCCGUACGCUCAGCCCACACGGUGCUAUCUCGGCGAUGCCGCGCCGAACACACUCCCUCCCUACAUGGGCCGAACGCCCGGCUCUAGAAGCUUCCGAGCCGUGCCCAGCACUCUCCGGGCUCGGCGAGCACUCUCGCUCAGCGCUGCUCGGACGGCCGCAGCGGAGCCCACGCAGCUGCUUGGCGUCACUUUUGUUGUCGGUCAAAAAUGA